AUGUACGCCUCAAGCUCCAGAAUAGCUAUCAAUACAACACUAAAAGCCAGCAGGACGUUCUCAACCACAUCAACACGAUUGGCAAGGAGAGAAACUUUUGUUGAGCUUUUAGAAGAUGUCCCUGGAUUGGGUCGAACUUUCGAUCGAUUAUUCGUCGCUCCUGGAAGAGCAAGAAACGAUUUAGUUCCUACACGAAAAGCUAGAUUUGUACCUUUUAAAGACAAUUCUCAACGUCAAGUAUACCGAGCUACAGACGCGGAUAGAUCUAUUCUCUCUGAUUUACGUAUUGAAUCACCUUCCUCUUCUUCAGCAUCAUCGUCAAACGAAGAAAGGACAUCAUAUCAUUAUUCUGAACCUGAACCUACAUCUCAAUCAUUACUAAACUCAUUACAUCUAGUUCCUUCAAUAUUGAUAUUUGAGAGAAGAACAGUUUCACCUGAUUAUCCAACUUUGCAUGGAUCGUUGACAUUAUCUGAUAUCCAAGAUAAAUUAGAUAAAGAAUUCAAUUUACCUUCAAGCGAAAUCGAAGUUUCUUGGAUAGGUAAAGAACAAGGUUCAAGAAUGAAAGAAUUAGAUUCUUGGUCAGCUGAAUUAAAGUUAAGAAAAGGUGGUAAAGAAUCAAUUCAAGUUACUAUUCAAGUUGACAGACUUGAGGAAAGUCAAUAG